AAUUUUCAUAUCAGUUCCAGUGAUAUCAGUUAUCGAGAAAAAAUAAAAUUACAGCGUUAUUAUAAUACCGGCUAAUAGUAAUCAGUAUCUUCAUACAUAUGUGCCAUAUGUAUGAUUUUAACGAUCAUAAGCUGUGUUGUAUCAUUGUACGUCGUUUGUGCUAUAAUGCAACAACACAGGAGAGCACGUUACGUUUCAAUUAUAUUUCAAUUAAAUAUUAUUUGACUGACUAAAAAUAAUGUGACAGAACAGAAAACAUUAUUUUACUGAAAUAUAUAUUAUACAUUUUCUCACUGUUAAAAAAUGAUUAAUGUGAUAGAUCAAAGAUUUCUACUUAUUUUUUUAACCUUAUUAAAUUAAUAUUCCGUGAGAAAUUGGUUCUGCUCUUUAUUGCAUAAAACUAUUAACUAACAAAAAUGCAUUUCAAAAAUGAAUAUCGUAGGUCCAUAGAUGAAUACAAACCUGCUGAACCAAUAAAAAGAAAAAUGAAUCUUUAUUGGGCCUUAGUAUUCUUAAGAAUCAUAUUAACGCUUAUUCCUCAAACGGGAUAUAUUCAUCCCGACGAAUAUUUUCAAUCUAUCGAAGUUAUAUCUGGAAAUUUUCAUUUUGUAGGGGAUCAUUUUGACAUUGAUAUCAAUAAACCAUGGGAAUUUAAUUCAACAUUUCCCAUAAGAACUGUUUUAAUACCACAAAUUACUGUUGGUAUACCAUAUUCAAUUUUAAAAAGACUUUCACAAUAUACUGUAUUUUAUUUGGGUAUAUCAUUGAAAUCACCAUACUUUCUUGUAUUAUUCCCACGUUUAUUAGUCUGCGCUUUGUCUUUUAUAUCAGACUACUGUUUAUACAAAGUCUGUUACAUAUAUGGUCAAAAUUACAAAAUAAGACUAAUCAUUUAUGCCAGUUCCUAUGUUAUGCUUGUUUAUGCAACUCAUACAUUAUCAAAUACCAUUGAACUGGUUCUAACAGCCUUACUGUUAUAUUAUACAUCAUAUUCUAUGGCAUAUUCAGAAAAGAUAGUUGUUCAAAGUGAUUAUUUAUCAAGUAAAUAUAAUAAAGCAAAAACUGGAGUAGAAAGAGUAAAAUACUAUAAACUUAAAGCUUCGUUACCCCAACAUUCUUUAAAUCAUUGUAUGAAAAUUGCAACUAUUACUGUGAUUGGUAUAUUUAAUAGACCAACAUUUAUUGCAUUUGCAUUUGCUCCUAUUUUCUUUUGGCUACAAAGAGGUUUAGGUUCAAAAAGUAUAGGUUUCGGAGAUUUUCAUAUUCGAAUAUUCACCUUUAUUGCCUGUGGAAUACCUAUCACUCUUUUUUUUAUUUUAGUUGACAGUUUUUAUUUUGGUUAUUUAACAAUGGCAGAAAUAGGUAAUUUUGAUAUUAGUAUGAAUAAUUUUGUAGUAACACCACUUAAUUUCUUCAGAUACAAUUCAAAUAUUAAAAAUCUAAAAGAUCAUGGUUUACAUCCUCAUUAUUUACAUUUAAUAGUAAAUGUACCCCUUUUAUAUAAUGCUCUUGGAGUUAUUGGUCUUUGUACAUUUGGGAAACUGUUAUACAGUGGUUUAAAGGCACAAUGGUUAAAUUUGCCACGGAUACAAAGCGUUGUUGGUUUAAUGACGACAUCUUUUAUUACACCUAUUAUAUUACUAUCAGUAUUUCCUCAUCAAGAGCCUAGAUUUAUUAUACCAGUAUUAUUACCUUUAACUUUCUUAUAUGCUCCAAAUAUGAGUCAAACACCAGGAGUUGAUACUAUUGCACGUAUUGCAAAAGAUAAUGAAUGCCAAAGUUCAUUUACAAGAAAUAAGUUGAAUAAAUUACAAAUUUUUUGGUUCAUAUGUAAUAUUGUAUUAACGUUUUUUUAUGGAUUUGCUCAUCAAGGUGGGGUUCUACCCUUAUCAUCUCAUAUAGCAACUGAAUUAAAAGCAAAACCAGAUCUUACACAUAUACAUUUAUUUACAUCACAUACUUAUUCUAUACCAACAGCACUUCUACAUUUAAGAAAUACCAAAAAAACAUAUGUAAGUAGUGGAAAUCAUAAAUAUAAACUGAUAAAAGACUUUUAUCUUUACGAACAAAAUUCAAAAUCUAUAAGAGAUGUAUGUAAUGUUAUUGCCUUGAAACUUCGUGAAUGCGAAUAUAAAUAUGUUACUAAGAAAGUACCUUAUAGAUUGUAUUAUGCUCUUCCUGCCACAGAUUUGGAAGAAUUUAUUUUCAUUCAAAAUAAUAUAAAUUUAUUUAAUUAUCAUAUUGUACAUAAAUUCUAUCCGCAUGUUACAGUUGAAAAAUUACCAUUCUCAAAAACUGCUAAAAAUAUUACGCAUUUAACAACUUUGGCUAUAUUUUCAACGGAAAAAUUGAUUGAAAUUAUGAAUAACAUAUUUGAGGCUUUUGAGCAAUUUCAAUUGUUAUUAAUACGAAUUGAAUAUUUAGAAGAUAAUAAAUAUAAAAAUACUUAUAUAUUAUGAAAGGAAUUAUAAUUC